AUGCCUACUUUGCGUAAUCAGUUGAGUCUCGGUUGUCUGGCCGGCAGAGUUAGAGGAUUCAUACAGAUCCGAGCUGCCGCACGCAAGCGAACACCACGUGCAGAUAAACAGUUUUUUUCGAAUCGGCUAAUUGGAGUGAUACAAUUGUCGAGAACGUCGGCCAACAUAAAGUGCAACGUGGUUCAAAGCAUGCUUUUUGCCUUUAAACUAACGACACACAAUUCAGGCACGGCAACAGCAGCAGGCAUCUACCGAAAAGCUACAGUUGCCUUUGUUGCUAAAGCAAAUGAGAGAGGGCGAACGAUGUCCGACCGUCCUCCUGUCAGCGAGGCUAGAAGGAACGGCAUUGGUGGGUUGAGUUGGCCAAAGGCCGUUUGA